AUGGAUCCUCUCGUAAGUGCAUUGAAGGCAAGAGAAAGCAAGACAUUUUGCAGCCCGAUUCCACAUAGAUACGAGCAGAUGUUCAAGUCAAAGAAGUACGAUCUCGAGCACUUUGGGAUGACGUUCUUCCAGCGUGCGGUGUGCUUUUCGGCAUGCCUGGGCUUGGGAAUCCUCUCGUUCCUCUACAGCAUGUUCAAAAUAGUUCGGCUCUCGCCGUCCGGAUUUAUACUUCCUUACACCAUCUCGAACUUCUUGUUCUUCAUCAUGUUUGGAUUUCUUCUCGGAUUCAGAUCGUAUCUCGAAGGGCUUUUCUCAAAGAAGAAACGCUUCCACAGCUCGUGGUUCGUCGGGUGCACGUUCCUAACCCUAUAUGUUGUUCUGAAGUAUGACAGAUACUUGCUCAAUCUGGCGUUCUGCUUUGUCCAGGUGACGUCAUUCAUUAUGUUUUCACUGACGUUUGUUCCUGGAGGAACCUCAGGCAUGUCCAGCAUGGUCAAUAUGUUCUUCAAAAAAUAA